CUGUCCAAAUUAUUGUUUCAUGCGCGCUUAGGAAUAGAGAUAGACAGAUGGCUUAUAGUACUUAUUCCGACUCCGAUUCAUUGCUAGUAGAAACAGAUAUGACUUGGUGUAUUUCAACUCAACAGUAGGAGUAUGUUUUUGCCGAUACGCUGGCACACAUGCACGUAGUAUAGUUGUAGACAAGGAUUAUAUGUACCAGUACAACGAGUAGUCGCAGUUGAAUGUUGUCACUUUUGCUCAGACAGAGGCAAACGUCAAAUAAUGGAAACACAAAGCAUAUUGAUGACUGUUGUUCUCCUGUAGCACCGUCUGUCAUCUGGGUCGGAACGUAGCCUGUGGAGCACACUUGUCCUUCUUCUGCAAGAAGAAGAACCUAGUAAGUAGGGUCACAACGACAUCAUCACGAUGAAAAUAGCGUGCAGUGGUCCCGACGUCUUCGUUCCCGGCUCAAGAACAUCACGAGAGCCACCUUUUCCAGCGACAGCGACACGGUCCUUUUCCUCCACCGCGUCCACGUUUGAUAUUCCUGAUGCCAGCCAAAAAAGCACUAAGAUGUCUCCUGCUACGUGUACUACCCCCUCGACCACGAUGUCCCCCUCUUCUUGCUCCUCUAGAAGAAGAGCAAGGCCAAGCGGAAUAAAUACGCUCCUGAAAGUAAACAUAAACCCCUUCCGGAAUAAGAUAGCGCUUUUCCUGUGCGCAACAGCGACAUUUAACACGGUUCUGUCUAUACCUCGCGACAAGCCGGAAGAAUUUGAGGAGAAGCAGAAAGCAAAAAGCGGCAAAAAGAAGAAACCGCCGGGAAAGAAGCAACGUACUUACUUAUUUUGAUGCGAGACAAGUUAAAGUUAGAGUUUGUAAUUUCGUUUUCGUCUACUUGGCACUUAAGUUUGUGCUUAUGGUGUCUACAAACAACUGAAGCUGUUUUCUCUACCGGUUCCUUCAACUCCACACUAAAAAAAAAGCUCAGUUUUCCUUCUUUUACACAGAUGACCCGGCGGAACCGCGUCCAUACUGCACGAAGGACCUUACCUUCACGCCUGACGAAUCCGCCAUGGACGUGCAGGUUUUGGACUAUUGUGUGGAGCACGCUCCCUACACCUGCUGUCGCAGACCACAUGUGAACCGCAUCCGAAGCAAAAUGAACGAACACGCCGUCAGCAUGAUGAAAAGCGAGCAGUACUACUUGGUGGCUACUUUUUUCUGAAGGCGCUUGCAGUUGUUGAAUAAAUCACUUGAUACGACUAGAAAAGAAAGACCUGAUGACGUUGCUAGGUUACACUAUGAUUUUAGCUGCUGCAUCAUGUCAGGCGUUUUGAGUUUUACAACCAACUGUCUACGGUAGGAUUAGGUGUAGGACCACGACCAAGCAACAGAAAUAUCCAACCCCGCUCAGGUGCGCAAGCCUGACCCGGUCCGUGCUGUGCAGCCAGUGCGACGGCGACGUGGGCACCGGGCUUCUGUCUGCCACUGGUGCCAUCCACAUGUGUCCGACUUUUUGUGAGACCUGGUACCAAACCUGUCGGGAGGAGUAUUUCGUCGGCAGGGCGAACAACGAAAUUGUGCCCUGCAACAAUGACGUGGGGUGCGAACCCGUGCAGUUCAUGGUGCAGGACGCCCAGGACUUUUGUGAGUCCGCGUUUUCGAAUUUUCACACCAUAGAGGUCGCCAACCCAGCGGACGAGCCGGAUCUGUGCUUCGACGGCGUUCCGGCCAGUCGGACGAAAAAGGGGGAGAAGGUAACAUAGUUGUGCGAGAAAAUGAUCUUCAUCUUCGUCUUUCGUGUGAGUAUGCUUAUUUCAUCAGCUUCAUCAGGUGCAGGUCGGGAAUAGUUAGUUUCUCAGUAGACCGCAGAAGGAACUUCCUUAUACGGUCUCAAGGAACAAUGCACAUGCAGCAAAAUCAUGAAAUAAACGUGAUGAGAGUUGUUAAAGUGAUGUAUGACAAGAAUUUACUGGCCCAAUGUUGAUUCUGCUUCCUGCUCUUGUUUAGCAUGACGCCCGAAUAUGUUGAAGUAUUCUAUCAGCGAGAAAACGAAAGCACAUACACAACCAAACAGUGGCCGCCACAGACCCGCACCAGCACACCGGCCUACUACGACACGCCUCUUUCGGGGAAUUGGUUCGUGCGGAUGCACCAGCUGCUGUACCGGCAGUUGCUGAAAUUUUGGCGGUGGAUGCUAGUCAACGUCCUGCUGCCCUACGGCCAGUACCUGCUUGCGAUCUUUCUGAUCCUCUUUACCGUGUUCCUGCACCUGGAAAAGCGGCACGGCUGGCCGCUGUGCCUGGCAUAUCAAAUGUAAAAAUGUCUGGGUCUGGAAACUUGUGAUGCUGGGUGGCGUAUCAUGAGGAAGCCAUAAGUGCUGGCUCAGCAUGACAAGUUUCUGAGCUUCUAGGUGUUGCCUAUUCUGCAUGACAAACUGCGUUUUUGCAUGACAGGAAAGUGGGGCUCUUGGGUAACCUGCAUGACAGAUUUAAGAGUCAUGCCAGAGAAGCAUGACAAAUCGCGCAUUCUUCCAGACCCAGACACUUUUACACUUGAUAUGGCAAUCGCGGAGACGAUCGGCGUCGUCAAGGUCAGACGGCUAUCCUGAGUAAAAACGUACCCACACCAGAGUUGUAAUGCAGAUUUGCAAAGACAGGAAGACUUGUAGCGCGCAUUCCCAUGAGAGCCAUUUCCAGUCGUGUUUUGGAAUUUGUGAUGCUGUCAACAGGAUGAGCAGAUGAAUCUGUGACGCGGCUGCACUUGCUAACCUGCACUACACUGCCGAGUGCAACUUGUCAUGCGUGACUCACAAAACUCCUAGGCUUGUGUUGCAAAAUCCCCAUCCUGACUCUGGUGUGGGUACGUUUUUACUCAGGAUAACGGCACGGGGCGUAUCGUCAGCGGGGCGAGUCGAGGUUGCUACGUUCCACGGCGGAUACAGGACCGGAUGGGGUAACAGGUGAACAGGGCACCGGCGGAGAGCCGGAGCCAGAAGAUAGCGACGAACAAGUAGGCGAAGAAGGGGUUCUUCACGGUCCUGGUAGUGCAGGAAGCUCGAGCUCGAGCAGGAGGGCAGGUGACGGUGAAGAUGAUGAGAACUAUCGGAGCAAGAAACUUGUACCUGUGGACGGCGCUAGUAGUGUAGCUCCCGGCACCAGUUCUAGCUCCUCAACAAUCCGACCUGGCGCUGGGGAGAAAAUAGAAAUGAUGAUGACAAAACGAACGAGUCCUUCUGUCAGUGGCGGGGUACUAGGGAACAGCUGACACUACUCAGUUAGCGUGCGGAAGUGCACCAGAAUUUGAAACUGCACUACGUGUAGUUAGCAGCGCAGAGUAUAAAAAUGAAACUAUACAAGAUUUUGAACAUCAUUCAAGCGACAUCACUCUCUAGGUCCUCCGUAGUUGUCUACAGCUCUUCAUCUGGUGCCCUCGAGAUAAAAUCCAAGUCAAAUCAUGGAAAACACAGAUUUUACCUCUUCAGCAUUUUUGGAGGUGUGGUGUCCGAACGGUGUGUCUGGGGACAGCGCAGGG